AUGUCUUCCAACCUUGACAAGUCCCUUGACGAAAUCAUCUCGUCCAAGCCUAAAUCUCGUGGUACUAAAAGACGCUCCUCUGGACGCGGCGUCUCUAAACCAUCCUCCUCCUCUUCUGCCUCUACUGCUUCUAAAAAGAAGUCCAACCAGCAAAAGGCCUCUGCUCUCCCAGCAUCAACUCCUAAAGGUCCUAAAACAAACAUUCUCGACGAGGCAUCAAAGCUUUCCGACAGAAUUAUCAUCUCCAACUUGCCUACUGAUGUCACCGAGUCUGCUGUUCGGGACUACUUUUCUCACGAAGUCGGCCCCAUCACCAGCUGCUCCAUUUCUUACAAUGCUCGUGGCCAAUCCACCGGUAUUGUCACAAUCACCUUCAAGCGUCCCGGCGAUGCUCACAAGGCUUCCGUUCGUUUCAACGGCACUGCUAUUGACAAUGGCGCUAAGCGUAUGAAGGUCGAGCUCGUCAUGGAUCCUUCCAAAAAGCCUCUUUCUACCAGAUUGAACCCUCUUUCGACUGAGGCUGUUCAUGCUGCUGUCUCCCAGGCUGCUUCUAACGGUGGCAGAAAGAAAAAGGUUCCUGCUGCUCGCACCAAGUCUACUUCUUCCAACGGCUCCUCCAAGAAUGGCUCUUCUGCUAAGAAGUCUAACCGACGACCCAAGAAGACUCUUGAGGAACUUGAUGCCGAGAUGGAAGACUACUUUGACAACAAGGCUUAA